GCGGUAUAUAAAUGAGAAGAUAGGAACACGAGAUCAGAAGGUACAAAAUCUGAAAAAAUGCCGGUCGGAAAUUGCUCCCAAUCGGGACAGAAAUGGCCAGAAAAUGUUGGAAUUUUAGCGAUGGAAGUGUAUUUUCCUUACACUUGCGUAAAUCAGGAGAAACUGGAAGAGUUUGAUGGAGUAAGUAAAGGAAAAUAUACGAUUGGAUUAGGUCAGCGUAACAUGGGAUUCUGUGGCGAUCGUGAGGACAUCAAUUCUUUGUCUCUUACCGUUGUGCACAAGCUCAUGGAAAGAAAUUCGAUCAGUCCCAACGAUAUCGGCAGGCUUGAAGUUGGGACGGAGACCUUGAUCGACAAGUCGAAGUCCGUGAAAAGUGUUCUGAUGCAACUUUUUGAAAAAAGUGGAAAUUCGAGCAUCGAAGGAGUUGACACGACCAAUGCAUGUUAUGGAGGUACACAGGCCCUUUUCAACGCCGUAUCUUGGAUUGAAAGCAGUGCCUGGGAUGGUGAGUUUCAUACUUAGUUUGCGAUGUGUUAAUAAAGGAGUUUUUGACGGGCGAUCAUGGGCACGAACAUGUGAAAAAAAUCACCCGUUCUACAGCAGUUGAUCAUGUGCUUCAAACUUGGGCCUUUCUUCGCAUGGCUUUUCUGCUGCAUACAUCGUAUUCUCAGAUUUAAUCCCUUCUGCAUGUUGAAGCCAUUUCUCAGGAGGGGGAGGGUGAUUAGGCGUACCCAAAAGUAAACCUGGAGUCUGCAAAGCUUUCACUGAAAAUGGGACAACGUUCUCCUUGACUGACGAAUUUUAGAUCCAUAAUUUGACUUUUUUUAGAGGCCCAUACUGUACAGAUUAUAUUAGAUGAUAUUAACAUAGUUUGGUCUUUCACUCCUUUCCAAAAUAUGUGCCAGUAUGGUGCCCUUAAAAUUGGCUGCAGUUUUCUCUACAUUUACUUUUGUAGAAGGAAAGGUCUACAGGCGCGGAUCCACACCGGUUUCCACGGUUUUACGGAAAUUGGUCAGAUUUUUCAUAACAAAUAUCUUUUUUAUAAUAAAAAACUUUCCAAGUUGAAAUUUUGCUCCAUAUCUGAUACAACAUGGAAAUUAACCUUGAUGAAAUAAUCCGCCGAUUUACAAGGCUUUAUCCGAGGAUAAUGAACUGGCCAAUAUCCCGUAUGAAUGACUCAGAAACCAAGGAAAGGGGACUUUUGGGAGUUAAAAUUAAAAAAUUUCCCGGUGGGAUAUACUUACAGACCCCCCUAGAAGCUUGUAUCUUCAGCGCUCGUUUUGGAAAUCAGUCAGUAUUUAUUCUAGAUCCGCGCCUGGUCUAUUAAAAUUAUUUUAAAUAAUAUAAAAAUGGAAGAACUAAAUUUGACACUGACCAGAUUGAUUGACUAGUGGUUGAUAAGACAGGGUUUAUUUAAAGGUCGUCUGGCAAUUGUUGUUGCUGCUGAUAUUGCUGUUUAUGCUGCUGGAAGUGCCCGUAGUACGGGUGGGGCUGGAGCAGUGGCAAUGCUGGUGGGGCCAGAUGCACCCCUUGUUAUGGAACAAGGUAAGGAUGUCUUCUCACAAACAAGUAACUUGAAAGUGUUAUUGUUCAAUUUUGCCUUUGGUUGAAUCUCAACUAAUGGCUAAGUUUAAAUUGUUUAUUUUGCUUAAAACAUUCUUUUUCCCAGAGCUGCUAACCUUUUCCCCAGCACCACGGAUCAAGAGCUUUGCUGGCUAGUGCCAAACACCGAGUCUGUGUAUUUUUUUUCUUGGUGCAAACUCAGAAAUUUGAAAUGAUAACUGUCACGAACAGUAACUGUUAAAAACAUGGCAGCUACCUGUAUUACACUUGAGCUUUAUCCUUGAACCAGCCAGAGCUCUCAAUCCUUGGCCCUGGCCAGAAUGAUUGCAGCUGGAUGAGAAUAAGUUCAAAAGAGAACAAGUUCAUGACAUAUUCUUAUCCCUCCUUUCAUGGUGAGACUCCAAAUAUUAUUUGGGAAUUCACUGUUAUUUUUUUCAAGGUAGAAGUAAUCUUCACUGAUGCUUUGUUUUGUCCUGUAGGAAUGAGAUCAAUACAUAUGGAACAUGCCUAUGAUUUCUACAAACCAAACAUGUCUUCUGAAUACCCUGUGGUUGAUGGAAAGCUCUCUGUACGCUGCUACUUUCAUGCGUUAGAUCAAUGUUACAAGAAGUACACCGAUAAAGGGAACACACUUCACCAAAAGAUACAGUUCACUCUUGACGACAUAGAUUAUGCCAUAUUUCACACUCCCUUCUGUAGGAUAGUACAGAAAUCAUUAGCUCGGUUAAUGUUUCAUGAUUUUCUAUGCAGUACAGAAAGCAGUAAUUCUGAAUCAGAAGGAGAUAGAUAUGCAGGUCUAUUACAAUUCAGGUAUGUGUGUGUUUACUUAUAAAUACUUAAUGAAAUGGCAACUGUUUAAUAUUUGCCAGGAGAGAAUAUAUCAAAAAUUUGUUUUGUGGUGUCAAGUAAAAAUAAGAGCCAAUUUUGUGAUCUGUGUUAAGUGGUCUUGAGGAAAGCCAUAGUUUUUUUGUUAGGUAGCAUUUAUGGUCUUUCAAAACGUAGGGAUAACAUUUACAUGACAUAUUAUUUACCUUAUUUCCUCGAAUAAGUGUCUAUGCUCUAAUAAACACCCUCCCCCAAAUAAGCGCCUAGGCCUAAGUAUUAAACAAGCCUCCCCCUUGAACAAACGUCCUCCUCCCCUCCCCCAUUUCAUUCUUUAAUAGUAGGGAUACAAGGAAAACCUGCUUCUUUUGCCACUUUAUUGAUAACUGUCUGUAAACUGUAUAAAUUGGACCAAGUUACACUUGAUUACCAACAGGAGGACUCAAUAAGCGUCCCCCUUGAUUAAGCGCCCUCUUUCCAAUAAGCACACAUCCAUUUAGCGAAAAUUUUAGAUAUGGGCCGGGGCGCUUAUUCAAGAAAGUACAGUAUCUUCACUUCUCUUUUUAAUUAACCCCUUUCCUACUGCCACCAUUUCACCAUGCCACCAACAGUUUCCCUACAAAAAUCUGAGAAACUAGCGCAGAAAUUCUUCAUUGACUAUGUUUCAGUACUCUGACCUGGGUAGUGCUUCUGUUUGGUUGAGGUGACCAAAAAUAGCCUGUAAAUGCAGACAUAUUCCCAGUUGUCGCUUCUCAUCACCCAGAAUGUUAAUUUACUUUUCGGGUGCAGAGAAGCAACAACUGCAAAUGUACGUUUGCAUUCACAAGCUAACCCAAAUGUGACUCUCCAAAAAUUUGAGCAUACAGCACUUACUUUUUCACUUCCCCUUUUAUUCUGUUUGAGUAACUGUUGUCAUUAUGAUCAAUUUAGUAAUUCUCUUGAUGAUAUUCUUUCAACUUAGGAAUGUCAAACUUGAAGAAACAUUUCAAGAUGAGGCUAAAGCCAAAGAAAUAGAAAAGGCAUCAAUGAAAUGUAGUCAAACCAUGUAUGAUAAAAAGACGGCACCAUCACUAUUCCUUUCCCGUGAAGUUGGCAACAUGUACACUCCAUCACUGUAUGGCUGUCUCACCUCACUGCUGUUCAGGUACGACUGACAGUAAACUCUCUCAGCAGACACCUCUGUAAAAUGGACACUUUCCUUAAAAGGACACCCAGGGCAUUUAUCAAAAGUCAGAACUGGCCACCUGGACUCAAAUCAGAGUUCAUUUUGAAAACAAAAUACUUUUCUCUCCUCAAAUUUUUCGUUUAAACCAGUCACUUCUGUCCAUACCAUAGACUGAUCACUAGAUAUCCCUGAUAAACAAUUUAUGGCCAGUUCUCACAAAUAGUAUUAGUGUCCCCUGAGUUAGUUCCUGCAUUUCAUUAGUCUUUUUGUUUUACUUUUUCCAAGGCAAAAACCUUUCUCUGUAGACACAUGUAGAGUUUGUGUCUGCCUUAGACAGUUUACUAUACACUCUUUUUUACAUAAUUACUGAGAUCUUUAUAAGCUGCAAAGCCAUGGGACCCUCACUGGGUCUGUUUAAUAGUCAGAGGUGUCUGCUACAUACAGGCUCAUUUACAGAACAGGCCCCAUUUGUUCAAACGUUGGAUAGCGCUAUCCACCGGAUAAAUCACUAUCCAAUGGAUAAGUAUUACGAAACUUAAUUGCGUUACAACUGGGGCCAGGUGGAAAAAGCAUUAAGCCUCAAUGACAUUUGUUUCCAAUUGUCACAAGUUGUCUGCUUUAUUGAAAGCCUGUUUAAUACUGGUUUCCCUUCAUUUUUAUUAGAACAUUUAGGCUGAAAUUGACCAAAAUUUUAACACAAAAUGUUGGUUGCGUAUGUACCAAGAGGGUGGGCAUUGGGAUUUAUCGCUGUGGGGAAGGAAGGCUGGAAAAAAUAGACUUGUUGCCUACUCCCAAACCGUCCCCUGCCCCUAAGUAGAUUAGAUGUGCAUCUUCAAGCAAGACUCGGACAAGGUGGCUGCCUGUAGCGCUCGUUCUCGACGAUCAUACGAUCGGCAAUUAAUCAGAUCUCUCAAUCAUACUGUUCACUGUCUUUGAACAGUCUUCAGUGGACACCACAGUUGAAUUCCAAUUCCCACUGAAACAGCCGGUUUUUAAACGUUUUUACCCUGGGAAGGCACUCUAGGUUUCAAGUUAUUUUUUGGACUUGUCUGCCUUGCGUUUAUGUACAGUGUUUAACGCUUCGUUUCAUCGUAUUUGGUUAAACCUUAUGAGUUAAUUUUUUCGUCAAGAGAUUGAUUUUUAUAAGGCAGUGGCCUUUUUGAUUCUCCUUUCAUUCUAUUUACAGCGAGCCACUUGAAAGUCUAGCAGGUAAACGUGUACUAUUCUUCUCGUACGGUUCUGGUCUUGCCUCCGCUAUGUUUUCAUUUAAUAUUUCCAACGACAUUAGUUCUGGCUCUCCUCUCAACUUAUUGGUGACGUCACUCAAGGACAUCCCAGAACGCUUAGCGUCCCGGUUACAAGUUGAACCAGAAGAAUUUGUGAAGACUCUCACCGCACGCGAAAUCACUCAUAACAAGAAUAAUUACUCGCCAAGUUGUUCUGAGAACGAGCUCUUCCCCGGCACCUAUUAUCUGACGAAUGUUGACGAGAAGUUUCGUAGGACUUACCAGAGAACUGUGGACGAAUCCUCCAAGGAGGGUUGCAUGGUUGUUUGAAUUGAACAGACCACAAAUUUGGAGAAUGGAUAGUCAAUGCGCUUGGCUGGUUUUCUUAGCCAUGGAUUCUUUUAAUGACUUCGUUGGCAAGUUCUUACAUCCAUAUACUCAAAUGUAUCUUAUUUCUACUUUAUGAGCCUUUGGAAAAUCGAAUUGUAAUAUAUUUUAGCACGUUUGAAAUUCACUUCCACUCGAGCACAGUUGUGCCAGUCGGAGCAAUGGGAGGUGUUGCAAAACACACGUUCUUGAUUUCAAAGUUUACUUUACUUUUGCGGAAUGGACAGUCUUGUAACCAACUAUUUUGUUAAUUAAACUUGCUCGAUUGUAAUACCGCCAUAGAGCUAAGAUGUCAUCCGUUUUCCCUUAUAUAUUGACUGACCGGUUUUUUCAGGAGAAAAAUUUUAUCAGAACCCCC